CAACAAAAAUCAUCAACGUCGGAUUUGCAUCAAUUAUAACAAGCUUAUAAAAUACUAAAGAAAAUUCCAAGCCAAAAAAAAUGUCUAGGUACCCACUGUUCUUCCUCUUCCUCCUUUGUUCCACUCCUUUGAUCUUAACUCAACACAAUGACGACCCAACACUCAAAACCAUGCACGGUUUCUCUGGGUACCCACUUGAUGAGCCAUCUAAUCCUUUUGGUUCAUCAGCUUCGGAUUCAAGCCCACUUUCAGUUGAUGCUCAAGCUCUCCAAAAGCAGAUUGAUGAGCUAUCAACUUUCUCGGAUACCCCUGCCCCAUCAGUUACUAGGAUUCUCUACACUGAGAAUGAUGUAUUGGCUCGCAGGUACAUAAAAAAUUUAAUGGGGCUUGCUGGGCUUUCCGUGAGAGAGGAUGCUGUCGGUAACAUUUUUGGUCGGUGGGAUGGCUAUGAACCGGAGCUUACUGCAGUGGCAACAGGUUCUCACAUCGAUGCUAUUCCAUAUUCUGGGAAAUAUGAUGGCGUUGUUGGUGUUUUAGGUGCAAUAGAAGCCAUCAAUGCACUAAAGAGGUCCGGGUUCAAACCUAAAAGGUCAUUAGAGAUAAUUUUAUUUACUUCUGAAGAGCCGACACGCUUCGGGAUUGGCUGUUUGGGAAGCCGUUUAUUGGCAGGCGGUGAAACACUUGCUGAAGCUUUAAAGACGAUGGUUGAUGGUCAAAACAUAUCGUUUCUAGAAGCUGCAAGAUCUGCUGGUUAUGCAAGAGGUGAAGAUGAUUUAUCCAGUGUGUUUCUGAAGAAAGAUAGUUACUCUGCAUUUGUAGAGUUGCAUAUUGAGCAAGGGCCGAUUCUCGAGGACGAAGGUAUAUCUAUCGGUAUAGUUACUAACAUUGCAGCCCCUGCUAGUAUAAAAGUAGAUUUUGAAGGCAAUGGUGGUCAUGCGGGUGGCGUCUUGAUGCCAGACAGAAAUGAUGCUGGACUGGCAGCUGCUGAGCUGAUGCUAGCUGUUGAGAAUCAUGUAAUGGGUUCUGGAUCAAUUGAUACUGUUGGUACAGUAGGGAUUUUGGAGCUUCACCCAGGAGCAAUCAACAGCAUCCCUAGUAAAGCACACCUUGAAAUCGAUGUACGAGAUAUUGAUGAAGACCGUAGAAAUGCUGUUAUUAAGAAAAUCCAUAAUUCUGCAAAAGCAAUUGCCAAAAAGCGCUAUGUCACCUUAUCAGAAUUCAAGAUCAUAAAUCAGGACCCACCAGCUCAUUCUGAAAAAUCAAUAAUCGAAGCAACGGAAGCCGCAUCUAAAGAGCUGAAGCUAACGCGAAAGUAUAUGGUCAGCAGAGCUUACCAUGACUCGCUGUUUAUGGCAAGGAUAUCUCCGAUGGGCAUGAUAUUUAUUCCCUGUUACAAAGGAUACAGCCAUAAGCCUGAAGAAUAUGCUUCACCUAAGGAUAUAGAAAAUGGGGUGAAGGUAUUAGCUUUAACCUUGGCCAAGUUGUCUCUGAGUUGAUAUGUUGUAACAUAGUUUUUAUAGUUUAAGGCUACAUU